AUGCCAUUCUCAAAGAUCUUUUCCGGUGAUUUACCAGAACUAACAUUUUAUGUUAUAAAAUAUUUACGAAAUGAUUUAAAAUCACUUUAUUCAUGUAUUUUGGUCAAUCGAUUUUUAUGUCGAAUGACUAUUCCAAUACUCUGGGAGAAACCAUUUGCAUUGAAAUGUCUAAAUGGAAAGCGUUUCGAUUUCCUUGAAGUUUACUUUUCAUUUUUUAGUGAAUUAGAUAGAAAUCAGUUAAUAAAAUUUGGGGUUAAAUUCAAACGUAUUUCAACCCCUUUAUUUAUUUAUCCCUCCUUUAUUAAAUCACUUGAUACAUAUCGAAUGGAAUUGCAUGCAAUUAAUUGGGCAAAUAACCUUGAUGCCGAUAUUACAUCAUCCCCUUCCACAAUCAAAGUUGAACCGGAUGAUAUCACUUUUCUUGAUAUUGGAAAGGAAGUGGAAAUCGGAUAUAAUGAUAUAAGGUUAAAGAAAUUUGUUGAUAUGAUUUGUAGCUUAUUAUUGAAAUCUUUUAUAAUCAAUAACGCUUCCUUAAAAGAUUUUAAUCUGAAAAUCACUACUUCUCAUGGUCUUUUUUUACCUAAAUUCUUUCAAUUGAUUUUUAAUAAUACAACAUUUGUGUCAAAUGUCGAAAAGUUUAGCAUUGGUUUCAUUGCGAACCCUAAUGUUUCAAAAUUUUCUCAACUCGAAUCACUUUUAACAUCCUUACCAUCUUCAUUACCUUUUGUUAAACAUUUUCAUAUUUCUUAUCUUUCUAGAAGCAAAGUUUUGAAGAAUGAAACGAAAUCAAGAACACAUAUUUUAUCAUUAAAAAUUUCAUUAGACGCCUGUAAUUUUUACAAUAAUCAUUUAACCUCCAUUGAGUUUAAUCGUUGCAAUUUUCACAAUGUUUACUCAUUUGAUGGACUUAAUGAUUUUACACAGCUGAGAUCACUUUGCUUCAUUAAUUGUAAACAGAUUAAACCUCAAUUUUUUCAACCAUUACUUGAUACACCAACUUCAUUAAAACUUAAAUCUUUAAAAUUGCAUGGUCCGCCAACAGGGUUUGAUUUAUUGUUUAAAAAGGUUGGUUCUUACCUGGAGCAUUUAGAAUUAUUUAUUAUAGGCUCUUCUGGUGGAGUUUAUGAAAGUAUUAUAAUUAAUUGCGAUCAAAUUAAAUUCCUUUGCUUGGCUAAUCUUUAUCAUGAUGACAAUUCUCAAUUAUACGGAAUGAUUACUCGUAAUAACGAACGUCUAAAAUAUCUUACAAUUUCAUCUUUCAUGAGUAUGAAAAUGAAUUCAAAGUUACUACAUGGAUUAGGUUCAGUAUUACCAAAAUCUUUAAAAUAUUUGGAUUUAGAUAUUGUGACUGAUCAGAAGAGCUUGAGCUCUUUUCUGGUCGAUUAUAGGCAUGUCGGUUUGAAAACAUUUUUAUUUAGGAAUAGAAAGAAUGAAGGCAUUGAUAUUACCUUUAACAUUUUAAAAAAUUUUGUAAUAGACAACGAGAUCAGAAAUUUUUCUUAUCAUAUUAAUAAGUAUUUUAACUCUGACAGUAUUAUACAUCGUAAUUUGUUGCAGUUUGUUAAAGAAAUGCCGCCUUUUGUAAAAAUGCAAAGAUAUCAUGAUUUGGUUGUAAGAAUUUCCGAUUUUAAUUAUGACUAG